GCACUGUACGUCGGUGACCAUGCCGCCAAUCAUCCACGUUCGUGGUGCGCAUCAAAGUCUACUUCAUGCAUGCAUCAUCAUGAGCUCUCUCGUCUACACCAAUACCUGACCAUCUGAGACUCAACACUACGCGGAUUUGGAGCUUUUCUUACACCGCACAAAAGAUAAACUUCACCACAAUCACUGAACAUUAGAGCGCCGCGUUCUUUCUGUCGUGCUAGAGGAUCCCACGGGUGAGCGCCAUCGACCGACAUGAGGCGCAAAUCACUCGACGAAGAGUCGAUACGGUCGGGACUCGAUGAACUCGAGCCAUUGAGCUCUGGCGCGGAGGCCCGACAAGACUAUCCGGACACAGACGACAAGCAUGCCCUUCUCGGGUCAAAGCAUCACUUGGCCGGCAAACAGACUGCACCGUAUCUCGGGAAGCGACGACGGAAAGAUGCCGGGCUCUAUCGAUUGCUCCCGAGCCGGUUCUGCUGCAGCUUAAUACUACUAUUCAUAUGCUCGUCGGUCAUGCUACUCGCGUCCGGCACAUAUUGGAUGUAUACACAAUCAUCAAGUUUGAAUGGACAAUCAGAACCAUGGUAUCCCACUCCUCGAGGCGGAACGGUGAAGAGUUGGGAGAAUAGUUAUCGGCGGGCCGGCGAACUUGUUGGGCGAAUGACCCUCCCCGAAAAGAUCAAUAUCACGACAGGCAUCGGGUGGCAAAUGGGAAUGUGUGUCGGUAACACUGCGCCUGUGGACCGUUUGGGAUUUCCCAGCCUAUGCCUUCAGGACGGACCGCUUGGCCUUCGCUUUGUGAGCGAUGCUACGGCUCUGCCGGCCGGCAUCACUCUCGGCGCGACUUGGAACAAAGAACUCAUGUACAGGCAUGGCAAGGCCCACGGUCUCGAGGCACGGAUGAAAGGCGUCAAUGUUCUUCUUGGGCCUGCCAUGGGGCCGCUAGGGCGGCUACCGGCUGGUGGAAGGAAUUGGGAAGGCUUUGGACCGGAUCCAGUGCUGCAGGGCAUUGCAGCGGCGGAGGUCAUUCGCGGAAUUCAAGAUACGGGAGUGAUAGCGACUGCCAAGCACUUCGUUGGCAAUGAGCAAGAGCAUUUCCGUCAGGCCUGGGCGUGGGGCACGCCGAACGCCAUCUCCUCGAACAUUGACGACCGGACGUUGCACGAACUGUAUGCAUGGCCUUUCGCAGACGCCGUCCGCGCCGGUGUUGGAUCCGUCAUGUGCUCGUACAACCAAGUCAACAAUUCAUACGCAUGUCAGAACAGUAAGCUCAUCAACGGCAUCCUGAAGGAUGAAUUGGGCUUUCAAGGAUUCGUCCAAAGCGACUGGGACGCCCAACGCUCCGGAGUUGCAAGCGCUCUUGCAGGUCUUGAUGUUUCGAUGCCUGGCGACGGAUUCCGCAUAGGAGACGGCAAACCCCUUUGGGGACCGCAUCUCAGCACAUCGAUACUCAACGGAUCUGUGCCAGUAGCGCGCCUGAAUGACAUGGUCAUGCGCGUUGUUGCAGCCUGGUAUCAACUGGGUCAGGAUGAUGCCGCAGCUUGGCCAAUUCGUCGUCUUAGUGGUUCCGCAACCUUCAGCAGCUGGACUGAUGACAAGCAAGGUCUGCUUCACCCAGGCUCGCCCGGCAGUACGGAAAAGGGAGUUGUCAACGAUUUCGUACCUGUUCGCAACACCGAGGAGGGAGGCGAUCAUGAGAAGCUCGCCAGACAAAUCGCGGCCGAGGGCAUUGUCCUGUUGAAGAAUAAGGGCCAGAUCUUACCUUUAUCACGUGACGGCUCCGGCGUCCGGGUCCAGGAGGGCGAUGGCAAGUUAAAGGUCGCAAUCUUUGGAGAAGAUGCAUUUUCAAAUCCAAAUGGGGAUAACGCAUGUCCCGAUCGAAGCUGCAACGAGGGCACUUUGGCAAUGGGUUGGGGAUCUGGCGCCGUGGAUCUACCGUAUCUGAUCAGUCCUGCACAGGCUUUGCGAGGCAGCUUCCACGAUCAGAAUGUGGCAGUGACUGAGGUUCACGCGAAGGAGGAGCAGAAGAUCAAAGAUGCGGCUGCAUCACAGGAUCUCUGCCUGGCGUUUGUUAAUUCCGAUGCGGGUGAAGGAUACCUCAGUUGGAAAGACAUCAAGGGCGAUCGCAACAAUCUUCUCGCCCAGAAUGGUGGCGAUGACUUGAUCCAGGCUGUCGCUGAAAAUUGCGGUGGACAUGAUAAAAAUGGUCCAAUCGGAAAGACCAUAGUUGUGCUCCACACCGUCGGGCCCACCAUUCUGGAACGUUGGAUUGACCAUCCUGGAGUGAAGGCGGUCCUCAUCGCCCACCUACCGGGUCAGGAAUCAGGAAAUGCGCUGGCGGACGUGCUAUUUGGGGAUGUGAAUCCGUCUGGCCAUCUACCAUACACGAUUGCGACAGCCGAAGAGCAUUAUGGUCCAACCAGCAAGAUUUUGCGGUGGCCCAACGCCAUCACGCCGCAACAAAACUUCACUGAGGGCCUCUAUAUCGACUAUCGCCACUUUGACAAACAUGGCAUACCUCCACGUUACGCGUUUGGAUAUGGACUAUCCUAUACUCAGUUCCACGUGCCUUCAAUCUUCGCUCAAUUCCACGGAGUUACUGGCUCUGAACCUGCACCAAGGCCGGAGGGUAUUGCUCCCGUAGUGCUCAACGAGACGAUACCAGACGCAGCAACCGCGUUCUGGCCAAAGAACUUUGUCAGGCUCAAAAAGUACAUAUACCCGUAUAUCGAGGAAGCUCCAAGCACUCUCGGUCAUGCGGACCGGUCAUGGAGUGACCAACCCAAACGGUCGCCAUCCCAGGCCGGCGGUGGCCAAGGCGGUAACCCCGAUCUGUAUACCGUCGUCUUCACGGUGCAAGCUCCUGUGGUCAACACGGGCGAUCGCGAGGGCGAUGCGGUGGUGCAGCUCUAUCUCUCUAUGCCGCACAAUGUGACAGACGUUCGGGGCGGUACUGUGGACAUGCCUAUUCAAUUCCUGCGCGGGUUUGAGAAACUGAGGCUUGGCAUCAACGACCAAGACAAGCGGAAACGAGUGGAGUUCAACCUCACGAGGAGGGAUCUGAGCUACUGGGAUGUCGAUCGACAGAAUUGGAUCAUGCCUCCCGGUGAUUUCAAAGUCUGCCUUGGCUUCAGCUCCCGGGAUCUCCGACAGUGUACCACCCUUGCUACCAGCAUGAAUCUGGACCAAGGCGAUGCAGAUACUCCCGAAUAGAACGCGAUAAGUCGGGACGAAUGUAACUCUAGUAGCCCGUUGAACAAAUAAUGGUACUUCUUGGAAAUUAAACCGCAUGUACUGUGAAUCAUUGCCGACCUGCUACAGCGUACCUUUCGUACUUACCAAUGUAUGUCGGCGGCUCGCCUGGUCUAAGAUGCACCCGCGGCAUGCGGGCGCAAUUACGGAUAUCUCAUGCGACAUCACUUGCGACUGGUGUGUUCCGCUGAUUCGACGACCA